GUUCAGAAGAGGCCAUGGUGGAGAGUAAAACUAAUCCUCAGACAGCUGUGCCUGUCAGCAACUCCUCUUUGGUGUCUAAGGGAUCUGCAUUGGCACUCCAGACUGCAAUGAGUCUUAUCUCCAUGACGUCACCUCGAAACUUCCAGCUCCGCAGCACUUCUUUGGCUCCAUCGUUUGUGGAGUUUGACAUGUCAAAGGAAGGAUACGGGUGUUUAUACCUCCCUACCUUGGCCACUGUCAUGGGACCCAGCGCAGAGCAAUCUGUCUCGGGAGGAAUUGGCACAGGUACAAGAAUGUUCCCUCCCUCAAGUGGCUUGACACUUUCCUGCUGGUUCCUGGUUAGGAAGUUUGGUUUGGUGCACCACAGUCACCCACUCCGUUUCUUCACAGUUGUGAGGCACAUGUCAAGAACAGAGCAAGAAUUUGUUUGCUUUUCAGUAAGCUUCUUUCCGCAGGACUGUUCGCUGGUCAUUUCCACAGAAGAGGUGGAAUUCCAGCCACUUGAUAUUAUGGAACCUGAGGAAGAGGUACUAAAUCCUUCCCCAUUUCCACGGCAAGCUCAGUUUGGCUGUGGCAAGUUGCUGGUCACUGGCCAGUGGCAUCAUCUCACAGUUACAGUUGCUAAGGAAGCAAAGAGGAACUGCAUUGUGUCAGCUUAUAUUAAUGGUCAGAUGCUUGGCUCUGCAAAGAUGCAGUAUCUCCAGCCCUUACCAGGUAGCUGUAUUUCCAUGGAACCCUCUUCCUUUAUUGAUGUCUAUGGGUAUAUAGCUACUCCUCGAAUUUGGAAACAAAGGUCCUCCUUGACCUGGCGCCUUGGACCUACAUACUUGUUUGAAGAAGCCAUCUCUGUGGAAACCAUAGAGAUCAUUAAUAAGCUUGGCCCACAGUACUGUUGCAAUUUCCAAGCAGUACGGCUUCAAGGUGAGGACCAGUACAGUGAUCAUAAUCCUACACCUCUGGUGUCAGAAGAGAAGAUUUCUUUUGGAAUCAACGCUGUGUGCUCAUCUCUCACUACAGUCCAAGACAUAAAGAGCUCCUACAAUGAAGUGGAUGGCCGCCUGAUUGCCAAAGAGAUUGGGAUUAACUCUAGGGACAGUACAACUCCAAUAUUCCUAGCCAAGAAUAUCGCUGGACACCUCCCGGGUUCCUUGCGGACUAUUGGGUCAGUUGCUGUGGGCCAAUAUGGGGUAAGAGCGUUCCAGUCCUCUCCAGCAGCUACUAGCCUGAACUUCAUUGGAGGUCCUGCCAUUCUCCUGGGUCUCAUUGCAAUGGCCUGUGAUGACCACACCAUGUAUGCAGCUGUCAAAGUCCUGAACUGCAUCCUGAACAGUAGUCCAAUGAGUGAAAAAUUGAUGAGGCACAUGCAUGGAUACCAGUUACUGACCUAUCUAUUAAAGAGGAAGACGCAGCUGUUAAACAACAGGAUUCUACAGUUAAUUUUCUCCCUAGUGGGCACGGCUGAGCUUGGCUUUGAGUCUUCAGUCAUCAAAAAUCACAGUGCAUUUCAGUAUGUUCUCUGCAACUUCGAGCUUUGGAUGAAAGCACCAGAAAAUCUUGACCUUGCUCUUUUUUCACAUCUUGUGGAGAUCUUGCAGUCCUCCAGAGAUAGAUGUCAGAAUGCUGCAAUUGCCUACCAGGUGCAAAUGGUGCCCAAGCUGAUUUUCCUCUUUAAUGAUCCUGAAAUUGAUAACUCCAGGAUCACUGUGGCCUGCACAAUUCUCUCCCAUCUGUUGCAAGGAUACUUUAACACAAGGGAUAUUCUCAGGAUUGGAUUAUUCCUUGUUUACACUUUGAAACCUUCUUCUGUGGAUGAAAAUCAGAUCUGCCUGCAUGAUGUGGCCGAGAUGCCCAGUGAAGCCAUAAGCCAAACAUCUGGAAAGACAAUCUGGCUUCGAAACCAGUUACUGAAGAUGCUGUUAGAUGUAAUGCAGUCAGACAAACUUCAUCUGUCCUCUGAGGAACAAGAAGAGACCUUUUUGGCACUGGGACCAGACUGGUUUCUGUUGUUCACACAGAGCUACCUGCAUUCUAGUACAGUUGUACUAGGAAUCAAGCUGCUUCUGUGCUUUCUCUACAAUCGUUCGCUGCUGAACAAAUUCAAGGAGGGGAUAGUGGCUGGGCGCUGGCUGGAAAACAGCUCUGCAGGGUUGAGUAUUCUAAUGGAUAAUUUAAAAACUUAUCCUGAAGUGCCUGACAAUGGAUCCUUCUUGAUUUUUGGGUUUUCUGUGUUGCAAAGAUGUCUGACUGAUCAUGUCCACAUCCCUGAGAUCUACUUGCUUGUGUCAGGGCUCUUUCUGGCAACUCCACAGUCUGAACCACCUGAAGCAGCUAAGAAAGAUCUUGAGUCUAUGUUGCAGUGGAUCUUGCAGAACCACCUUAGAGAGAAUGUCCUCAAAAUAGGAUUGUGUGCAGAGGCAGCCAUUUUGCUUUUGGAAAUGGUUAGAGUCACUGUGGACAAGCCUAUCGCAGAUGCAGAAGCCUCCUGGGAGAUUGCCUAUCCAGGGAACAUUAUCCAGUUUCUGUGCUUGAUCUAUCACAGUUAUACUCAGGAUCCUGUGUGGCACUGUUCUGACUUCUUGAGAACUUUGGCUAUGGUUGCUUUCAAUUCUGGACCACUCAAGGGAGGUUCUGAAGGCUUUUUGACUCCUGAUGGUCCAGCCAUUGCUGAAGGGAAAGGCUGCACUGAUCCUUCGUCUCUCCCAUUGCUACCACACCCUGCCAAGAAACAAGUGUGGGAUUUUGUGCGAGUCCUCCUGAUGGACAGCCUUCUCAACAUCCCAGCAAACAAACAAGGACAUCCAUUUGAGCUGCUUCUCGAGGCUGCUCCAGAGGAUGCCACUAUGGAGCAGAAGAGACGAUUUCAGACAAAAGUUUUGCUCUCUGCUAUGGACGUCUUCCAUGUCAACAGCCAAGGCGAGGGGAAAGCAAGACCAAGAGGGAGCAGUGAUCCUCACGGCACUUCAGAAUCAACUGCACCUGUAUCCAUGAUGAAUAUUGCUUAUUUUGCUCAGAAACUUGUUGAAAAGCUGAUCAGCCGAAUGUUUGCUGCUGACCCCAGACAAAUCCUGAUCUUCACUGCCAAACAGAUUAUGUGGGUCUUAGAAAGCUCCACUUCUCAAAAGGAAGUUUUCCUCAGUGCCUUGUACAGCUGUCUAAACAGAGCCAUCCUUUACUGCCUGUCCAGACCACAACAAUUGCUGCCUGAACAGUUUAAUGUCCUGAACACUCUCAAUGUCCUACAGGAGCAGUGGGACAUUAUUUUUGCAACUUACAACUCAAAUAAUAAUUUUGUCAUCUGCCUAAUGUACUGCCUUUGCCAGCUGAAUUCGAGCAGCUAUCCAGAAGGUUUUGGGAUGGAUGUAAAACCAAAACUGGCUUUGUAUCACCAGAUUUUCCUUGCACCCAGUGAAGAGGAAAAGGGCAACCUGCCUACUCCAGAUGAUGUUCGUCAGGAGAUUCUGAGAACAGUAGAAAUCGUCUGGAAGCAGCUCAUUUCUCAGAGGCGGCAGGCUCUGGAGGAAGCUUACAAGAUGGAUCUUUCCAUAAAAGGAAAUGACAAGGAAAGAGAUAUGAAGAUAACAGAGAUCACUCCUUUAUGGGAAGAAAUUAUGACAAAAGCCUGGCAACACUUGAUAGCAUCUGAAAAGAAGCUUCUCCAGAAUAAAGCAGGGCCAGGCUUGCAGAGCAAGCACAACUCCUGGAGUGAAAGCCUGUCUUCAGCUAUUAGGUUGAUACCUGGCCGAAAUACAAAGGAAAUUACAUGUAAAUCUGAG